AUGCGCGGUUAUGAUGAGGGUCAAGCGUAUGAGGAAGACACAUCUCAACUUGCCGAACACGGAAGCUGUGAUUGUGGUGCCAGUCGCUCGUUUGAUACAGAAAAUGACAUUUCAGAAUACCAUGCACGCCGCGAGCCCAUCGAAGGGUUAAACCACCUCUCCUACCUCUCCGCCCUGAAAUACUGGAUCUACACCGUCUACAGCGGGGAGAACGUUGACCCCUCCAACACAUUCAACCAGCUCCACGAGUCCUUAAAAUUCAUCUCCACAAUCGACCCAUCCUCACUCCGCGAAGAAGGCCAUGGAUCCUGGUCCCCCCCCUCGCCCCUCUCCGUCCUCCCCUUGAACCAGCAAGAGCGUGAUAUGAUCGACUGGGCCGCCUCCAUGCUCCACGGUUACGACCACGCCACGCCAGGCUUCGAGCGGGUAUUGGAGAUUCUGCUUCGCGGUCAGAAUGGGAGGCGUACGCACGAGGAGUCUGGGGUGUUUGUGCGGUUUCUCGCUUCAGGGGAUGCGAUUUCGCCAGAGGCGCGAGAGUUCCUGGAGGGCGUUGACGUCAAAGUGUGGAUAGGUAAAGAGGUGGGUGAGCUUAUGAGGCAAGAUGAGGGUUCGAGGAGGAGAACUGAGAAGGUGUUGAGUAUGUUGAGGGAGUAUGAGGAGGGGCGUGAGAGACGACGAGCUGAGGAUGAGUCGUCCGCGAAACGAGAUAUUGAGGAAGUGUCAGACAAGCAACCGGAAUCCUCGAAGCCUCUGAUCCACCUCCCCGUCACAAUCUCAGAUAUGCCCUUCAAACUACUCCUCUCACCAGAAGAGAAACUUCGUCUGGCCAAAGCUCUCGUCGCCGAAGGCUUCACCAGCUUGACCGGAGAAGUGAAAGCUGUAAGACUACUGCUCACCUGGGCACAGCAAGUCAGCGAGCGACGUGACUGGCCAACUAACGCCCAAGAGAUCCAUAGCGUUGCUCUAGCGAAAGGUCUUCUUCGGUCGUCAAUCCCGACCAGAAGGGCAAUUGCAGGGGAGCUUCAGAUGUGGGUGUAUCACACUCGAAAGGAGAUAGCCGAGACAUCGAAAUCGAAAUCGAAAUCGGAGGUUCGAGAGACUGUUACUGCGGAACGUCAGUCUGUUCAUCUCCCCAUCGCGGCAUCCCCGGAAUAUGUGAUCCCAAAGAGUACUCCCGAAGAAGACGUCGAGCUCGCUAAAUAUCUCGUCAAGGAGGGCUUCACCGGUAAAAAUAUGGAGAACUGUGUUCCCGAACAUCGCGAAGAGCGACCUCUGCUCUUGUGGGCCACCCGAGCACUCGGUGCAGUUUGGUGUCACGAUGGAUCCGAUCAAGCAAAGAAUAGCGAGGCGCUAGCCACAAAGAUCAUUGGAAACUCUAUCGAAGGCAACGAUGAGAAUGCGGAGAUUCGCAGGAAAUUGAAGGAGUGGAUUGAGAAGACGCUACUCGCGGCUCCUGAAUCUGCGACUGUACCUGAGGAGAAUGAGGUUGGAGUUGCGUGGGAGGAGGAUGAGGAUGCUGAUGUGAUCAUUAGAGAGAGAAGAUGCAAGGCUGGUUUCAUACAGGAAAGGGUCCCUUUUACCGACAUCUUCGCAGCCCAUAUUGCGUGGCUUCAGAAGGAAAGACCAAGAUGGAAGGCUGAUAGCAACUCCCCAAAUCAACAAUCUGAGCGAAACAGCAAGAAGCCUAUCAGGGACGCCGAGUGUGCUCGGAGUAUUCUCUUCAACGUACCUGAUUACCGCUGUCGAGGGUUCCCAGCUUAUAUGCGACACAGCAUGGUAGCUCGCCAAAUUCUCAGCAAAGAGGAGUCUGUCCCAGUCCGACAGAAAGAAGAAUAUCUCAAGAAAUGGAUCCGUCGGAUUCUCCGAGACGAUGAACUCAUUGAGCGAAGCGAAUUGUUUCAUGAAGAUGUCCUUCGACAUGCCUGCAGAAUGCUGAACAGACGCGGAGGCUUCGAUUGGGGUCAAGACGUUUUGACUGCCGUAGGGCAUUACGUUACGUAUGCCCGCGACGAUAGAGGUUUCGAGGUCUGGGGAGAGGAAUUCAACUUCGAUUCGUCCGACCCUGAUCAAGUUGAAUGGGAGCUUCAGCAGGAGCAGGGCUUUGGGCUGAAAAGUCAACGCUUCAUUGAGCAUGUUGAAAAAGCUAAUGAAGACCCUAGGGUUAAGGUUCGACGCAACCUGCUACCAACAUGGAAUCCUAAGACUAUGAGAUGGGGAUUCGUGGAUGAGACUCCUGUUAGUUACUCGUACUGGCUCGCAGUCGAGAGUUGGGAUAGGAAAGGUGACCAGCCAGACCCCGCCGACUACCCUACCGAGAAACGACAUUCCGAGCAAGGGCGACCGGAAGCUUCGAAUUCUUUCCCAACCUUCCUACCCCUCACAACCGAUCCAAAAGACACCUCGACCCUUUCCGAAGACGAGCUCGACGAACUAGCCAAAACGCUUCUCAAGCAAGGCUUCACGGAUCACACCGGCGAAGAGAAGGCUGCAGCUAAGAUCCUUGAAUGGGCUCGUCAAGUGACCGGGAGAGGAGAAUGGCCAGCUGACAACCGGGAAAAGGAUGGCGUGGUGAUGGGAUGGAAGUUCCUUCAUGGUGACUGGUCUAAGCUGGAGGAUAGGAUCAAGGCGGCGAGACUUAUUGGUGAGUUUGUGGAGGACAGGCUUGGUAGCGAGGUGGUGAAGAAGGCAGUAGAGACUCGCUCAGCUGCUAGUCCAAACACUGUAACUUCGACCAACGACAACGAGAUCCGAGUAGAGGUGAAUGAAGUCGCCUCCCCCAUCUCCGAAACAACAGAGACCGCGCCCCAAACCAAAACCCCCACGGAAGACGCACCAUGGGCUCGCAAAACCCUCAGCAGCGCCCCAAACCUAAACUCUCUCUCCGACCUCAAGCAAGCCAUCAAAGACAUCAUCCGCGCACGCGACAUCCUCAUGAAAGAGCUCGACAUCCCCUUCAAGCGCGCCGAAAACGCACAAAGCAAAGAAGGUAGAGUAUCAGCCGAAGCGUUAGAACGCUUCAGCGCCUGGCUCAAGGAAGUAACAAACGACAAAAAAUUGAUUGAAAGCAGUUAUGUUGUUGAAGAGAUACUCAGGGAGUUUUCGAGUUCUGAGGUGGGAUUGGGGAAUUUGAAAGCGCUGAUGGAAAAUCCCAUGGCGAUAUUCGGCGGGUUCAGUCAUGAGGGUGAUGGAAAUGCCGAGUCAACGGACUUCGAAGCAACUGCGCCACAAAGCGAGAACGCUCCUCGAAAGUCAAUUUAUACAAUGGACGUCUCAGGCGAACCAUUCAGAGGCUCUGGUUCUUCUGCCGAGGAACUUCUGGGAUACGAGGAUGAGGAAGAUGACGAUACGGAAACCGCUUCUCAGGUUACUCCUGACGAGGAUACGGAUAUGGAGGGUGAUGGAAACUCGUAUGUUGGUUUUGGCACCCAGGCAGAGUCCGCAAAGGAAUGGUUGGAUAAAGAGGGGAUGCUAGCAGAGGACUGGGAAUCAACAUUUAAAGAUCCAAUUACCCGCAAGAUUGCUGGGGAGCUGGAGGCCAAGUAUGCUGGAGCGGAUGAGUCGAAUGAGGCUGCAAGAGAGGCGUGA